AUGUUGUAUACAGACGUCACUUAUAGCACCAAAACAGGAUAUCGCUCUCAGUGUAACUCCAGUCUUCAAACUUACAGCGUCAACUCACAGUUGUAUUCCUUUGAUUUAUGCUAUUAUACGUGUACGGUAUAUGAUGGGCUUCAACAUCUACGCCGAUGUAGCGCCGUUAGCGAGGUUUCUAUAGUAUUACUAAUACUGCAUCAUGCCAACAAAGGCGUAGUUGGUCAAAGAUUUUUCAGUGGUGCCCGGCAAUUUAACGGCGGUGAUGCGUUUCGAGAUGACACGGCGUCAGCUAGUCGUGUUCCAGAUGAACUUGUCAACUUUGACUACUGGGAAGAUACUUUAUCUCUCCAACCUUUUCCUGAUCAUUACGUCAGGCCCAGUUUUGAUAGGAUUGAACCUGCUGAGUUUAUUCCAGCUGAACUGCCCGAAGAGGUUGUCCCAAACAGAUAUAUCGUGGUUUUGGAGGAUGGUAUACAAGAACGAGAACUCGGUGGUAUCUUACAAACCCUUCACAUCACCUCAGCACGCGGAGGUCCAAGCUCUGACAUCGAUAGAAUAUACUCUGGUAUCACCACUGGAUUUUCAGGAAUAAUGUCUGAAAAUGCUGUUGACUGGGUGAGAGGAAUUCGUGGUGUUGCCUACAUAGAAGAAGACGUGAUGUUCGAGGCACAAACCGCCCCAUGGGGCUUAGACAGGGUUGAUCAAACAGAGCUGCCUUUAGAUGGCAAGUAUCAAGUCGGAGGUGACGGAUCUGGAAUAGACGUGUAUGUACUGGAUACAGGAAUACGGUACACCCACGAUGAGUUCAAAGGGAACAAUGGAACCACUCGUGCUACAUGGUCUGGUUACGACGCAUUUGGUAACGGCAAUAACGGUGCUGACUGUAAUGGACAUGGCACUCAUGUUGCUGGCAUUGUUGGUGGGAAGAAUUCGGGAGUGGCACCGGGGGUGAAUUUACUUAGCGUAAGAGUUCUAGAUUGCAAUGGAAAAGGACAAGCGUCUAUAAUUUUGGAAGGUAUGAAUUGGGUUCUGAGUAAAAUAAAACAAAAAGGAACGGCAAAUAAGAAGACGGUCGUAGUGCUGUCGUUGGCCGGUCAGUUUAGACAAUCUGUUAAUAAUGCUGCGAAAAGAUUGGUCGAAGAGGGCGUAAUCGUUAUCGCCGCCGCUGGGAAUUACAAAAGAGAUGCGUGUCGAUACUCACCAGCCUCUGAACCCGAGGUCAUAACAGUUGGUGCAACCAAAAAUGAUGAUACGGUGUAUAAUUUGGGCUCCUUCGGAACCAAUUAUGGUGGAUGUCUGGAUAUAUUUGCACCUGGUCAACACGUACACAGUGCAGCCCACAACUGUGACGAUUGCCAUCACGUGAUGAGCGGAACAUCGCAGGCUACGCCCCAUGUGGCUGGUUCGGCAGCCUUGUUGCUACAAUCAAAUCCGUCAUAUACACCAGUGGAUAUACGUCGUCUAUUACUCCAACGAUCAACCAAAGAUAAGCUCGAUUUUGGACAUAUUCCAAGUGUUGCUAGGCCAUUGACACCGAACAAGUUGUUGUAUGUACCAAACCUAGGGCGUAUUAUGAGUGGAAGUGAGAGCGUAUUUUGCCGCAGUGUGUGGUCGGCUUUAUCCGAUAGACAUUCCACAGCAACAGCUGUAGUGCGGUGCUCACCCCAAGAAACGAUGACGAGCUGUUCUAGUCUGAGCAAAAACAAUAACCGAGCAGGAGAGUAUAUCACGACAUUGAAUGGUGCCGAUGUAUGUGUUGCAUUGAAUGGCGACGGAACCGGAAUUGGCGUAUACGCUGUUGCUAGAUGUUGUACGUGGCCAUCGAUCACGUGUUAUACAAAUACGUCAUCAGAAUCCACCGCCUCUGAUAAUGCACGGACUCACUCAACAUGUCAUAAAAAAGGAUAUGUACUUUCAGGCUGCAGUGCUUAUACCACAGGGCACAUUAUCGAUGGUGCAAGGCCGGCGACCAAUUACAUAUCGCCGUUUGCCAGAUUACGACCACUGCGUACAUGCAUAGGCCAGAAUGCAGUUGGUGGACAGGGCGUAACAGCCCAGGCCAAUUGUUGUAAAGCACCUAAUUUAAGAUGUAAAACAGUCUGGUCACCAGAAUCCGGUACAGCCACGAAUAGUGUGACUGCAGCUGAAUGUGAAGAUGGAUGGCGUAUGACUGGCUGCAAUGCAUAUUCAUGGUCUGGUGAUUCUGCUGGGGCGCAGUCGUUCGAUAACAAAUGUUUCGCUAGAGUGGGCGUUAGUGGAAGUCCAGACGGGAUAUAUGCUGUCGGAGUGUGCUGCACGUAUAUAACCUAAACCACUUAUGCAGCUUUGAACUUGAAUCUGAGAUGAUAAUAUUAAUAUCAAUGAAAGAGACUAACUGCCAUUGUGUAUUGUGAGACACUUGUGACAAGUGACAUUGGUCACAAUACAAGGACUUCGAAUCCAUUGUAAAUAUUUAAUUCUUGCGUUGCAGCAGACAACAAAGUUGUGUAAAUUGGACAUUCUACGUCAUGCUACAAUAUAAACUUAUUAAUAAAAAGCGUUUUUUUAAAAUUUGCAAACAUUUGUCAUAAACAGCACAUUAUCAAAGCAUGGACUGAGUUUGCCGAACUGGUUCUUCGCGUCGAAGCCCGCUGAUGCACUUUGGUCGCUAAUGUAUUCAAAACGACUAUGCUGUGCCAUUUAUUCUGCUGAACUAAUGGUAAUUCCUCGCACACGAAAACAUAGGCCCAUUAACUUGUAUUUUAACAACAGUUUGCUGCAUUGUGUUUUUUGCGUAUCAUAAAAAUAUUAUCAGCUGAAAUACCUUUCAUCGCAUGGAUAGUUUUUCAUCUAUCCUAAACUACGUAUUAUACAUAUAAAUGACGUAACAUGAUAGUUACAACCAAAAGCUACAGGCGCAUGUUAUAUCUUUCCCCAAUACAACUAUUUCAAUACCAAUGAUUUGACAAAUAUCAAAUGUACAAAAACAUCGACCGCUUUAAAACAAAUUUAUUGAAAAAAACAACAACAGCACUAGCAACCUGUAGCUAUUUCGGAGGCACCUAGGGUGGAUGUCUGGGUUCAUCCAAGUAAAUAAUACAGAAAUUCUCAAGGAGAUGAUUAAACACAACAAAACAUAUUCGUCAAAUUUAGAGUUGUCAUCAUAGAUAUUACAACGGAAUCUGAAUAAAUACAAGGAACUGCGUUACACAAUUCAUAACACAGUCACACUUGGUCAAUUGUAAUUGACCAAUCACAACAAAGGUGAGGCGACCACGUGCAUACUCACGGGAGUUUUUUUUCCUGACUUAUUUUCAUUUUUAAUAUAGAAACGAAUCGAUUAAGAAACAAUGCUUGGCUCAUACCUGUCUAUAACCGGACACAAUCACCAACAUGACGUGUUGUCGUCUGCGUUAAGCCACCCAUUAUAAGUAUACAUGGUGCAUAUUACGUUUGUUGAACCAUCUGUAUAUGCAACUAUGCAAUUGUGACAUUUUUAUACAUUUUUUAUGUUCUAUCAUUUUGAUUGUGUUUAUAUUUAUCAUGGUUGUUUUUUGUAAUUUCAUCACUUCUUAAUAAAAAAACUAUUGCUGUAAAUAUUAUUGUUUGAUCGAUAGUUUGUUCAAAUCUGAACUUAUUAAACAAAGCACUUGUGUACGAUAGUCUGAUCUACAACAUGCAAACUGAAUUAAACUGAGUCAUAAUGCCAAAUAACCAUACACAUGUGAAUUAGAACAAGCAAUUCAAUUUUGAAGCGGUUCACACCAUUUUUGACAGGGAACAUUUAUAUUUACCGCGAUGGUCCGCAUUUAAUCUUUCAAUUUCAUAACAGAGAUUUUAUUGUAAUAUCUUUUAUUUCAUUGUAAUAAACUACGUGAUUCAAA